CGAGUAAAACCGGAAAACCGGAAGUGUCCGUGUUGUUGCCGUGGAUCCGCGUGUUUUCUCCUUUUAAGAUGUUCAGAGGCAAAAGCUGCGUUUAAUCAGAAACCAACCAAUCGAAAAGAUGACGGCGCAGGAGAUCCGUCUGUGUGGUCUCCUGCUGCGGGAACAUUUUGGAGAGGUGGUGGAGAAGGUGGGCAAGCAUCUGCUCAGAGGAGGAGCUCAGAACUUACGCUGCGUCGGUCAUGAAGCCGGCCUGUCCUUGGACCUGGUAAAGAAGACGUUGUGCGUGCUCGUGCAGCACGGGGCCUGCUCCUUCGCCUCGGGGCGUAAAGGACCCGGCAGCCCCACGGAGUACUGGGCCUGCUGCGACCGGAUCCUGAGGAUCCUGCGCUACCCGCGGUACAUCUACACCACCAAGACCCUGUACGGUGACACCGGGGAGCUGCUGAUAGAGGAGCUGCUGCAGAGAGGCCACAUGACCAUGAGCAGCUUGGUGAAGACCGUCGCAGACCGCCUCACCCAGAACAUGGAGGACGGGCGCAGCGUGGAUUACAGUGAAGUCUCCUCCAUUUUUUCCAAACUCGUGGAGACACAUUUUCUCCAGCGUUGCCCUCCUCCACCGGCGGCGGCGGCGGCGGCAGACAGCGGUGCACAAGCUGCAGCUCCAGCUGCCCCCGGGGCUCCCACAGCCCCCUCCGGCGCCGCUGCACCGUCCGCAGAGAGCUUCGCCGACUGCUACAGGGUGCCUCACGUGACGCUUGUGGGACGGGGCAAACGCCAGCACGCCGCCGAGGACGGGGAGGAGCCAAGGAGCGCCAAAAGACCCAGGAUGGAUUCACAGGUGCAUGGCGACGAGGGGAUUUACUGGCAGGUGAAUUUCGAGCGGUUCCAUCAGCACUUCAGAGACCAGGCCAUCAUCAGCGCCGUGGCCAACAAACUGGAUCAGACGAGCAGCGAGAUCGUCAGGACCAUCCUGAGGAUGAGCGAGGUCACCACUUCAGCCUCAGCCGCCUGCACCAAGCCCCUGUCAGCCAAUGAGAUCUUCAGGUCCCUCUCUGCCAGUUACAACAUCUCCAGGCCCAUCUUAGACCAGUACCUGACCCUGCUGGUGGACGACCCGAUGGAGUUUGUGGGGAAGGCUGGUGAGAGCGGAGGAGGGAUGUACAUCGUCAAUCUGCACAGAGCUCUGGCUAACCUGGCCCGAGCCACGCUGGAGUCCAUUGUUCAGGAGAGACGCUUCCGAGGACUGCGAAUCACAUGGGGCUUCUGCCUGCGGGAGGAAAGACUCGCUCAGACCCAACGAGUCGCAGCACGAGCUUUCAUUGAACCGAUGAGAUGUCUACCUCGUCCCGGUGAUGUCCAUGUUGGCCUGCAGGACCAGUUUUUUAAAUCCAUGUCACCAGACGAGCUCCGUAAAUUUGAAACAAACAUUUUUUACCGACUGACUUUUUUUCUCCUUCAGGAAAUCCCCAAAACUCCAGACUUCGCUCCCUCUCGCACCUUUUACCUUUACACUGUUAACCAGCUCCCAACAGCCAGGAUGCUGCUGCAGAACUGUUACAAGACGGUGGCCAACCUGAUCGAGCGACGCCUGUUUGAGUCCAGAGAGAGCAAGCGUCUUCUAGAGAAAUCGCAGCGAAUCGAAGCCAUCCUGGCGUCGCUGCAGGCCAGCGGGGCGGAGCCUGAGCAGCUGACGGAGGUGGAGGAGAUGAUCACGGCUUCAGAGAAGCAGCAGCUGGACGUCUUACGGCUUCAUGUUAACAAGUUAGAUUCAGCAGAGAACCAGGUGGAUGAAACCAUCUUCCUGCUGCAGUCCUACAUCAACUCCACUGCAGUCGCUCCAACCUGAGUCACACUUUGAACCGUUUCCAGUCAUUCACAUUUAGUUUUCUGUUUUCACUUUGAUUACUGACCGUUAGACUUUAGAACAUUUCUGUUGGAGUGGACUCAAAUCUGAAUAUGUAGUUGUUGGUUUUUUUUUUUUAUUGAAUAAACAGAACAAAAAUCUUU